AUGACCCUGUCUGGAGGCAGCGAACGAGCCAGCGACAUGUCCGGCCAAACCGUGCUCACAGCGGAGGACGUGGAUAUCGACGUGGUGGGAGAGGGAGAUGACGAGGGAAUGGAGAGGGUGGACAGCGACUGCGACAGCCCCGGAGGGGGCAUCUUACACGACCUGCACGCGGAGACCGGCGACGAUGACCUGGAAGACGAGAUCGAAGUCGAUAAGGAGGAGAUGCGGUCUGGAGGAGGGAGCCCGUGCUGCGAGAGCUCCGGGGAGGGGGAGACGGGCACCGGGAAGGGAGAGGGUCACGACCAGAGCGCGGCGCCGGGAGGUGGGAUCCAGAAGCCCAAAAGCAGCCUGGUAAAACCCCCUUAUUCCUACAUCGCUCUCAUCACCAUGGCCAUCCUCCAGAGCCCGCAGAAAAAGCUCACCCUGAGCGGGAUCUGCGAGUUCAUCAGCAACCGCUUCCCGUACUACCGGGAGAAGUUCCCGGCGUGGCAGAACUCCAUCCGCCACAACUUGUCUCUCAACGACUGCUUCGUGAAAAUCCCCCGGGAGCCCGGGAACCCCGGCAAGGGCAACUACUGGACCCUGGACCCGGCCUCGGAAGACAUGUUCGAUAACGGGAGCUUCCUCAGGAGGAGGAAACGGUUCAAGAGGGUGCAGCCGGACGUGCUCCGGGACCAGACCGCGCUCAUGAUGCAGAGCUUCGGCGCCUACAGCCUGGGAGGCCCCUACGGGAGGCACUACGGCAUCCACCCGGCCGCCUACUCCCACCCGGCGGCUCUGCAGUACCCCUACAUCCCCCCCGUGGGCCCCAUGCUGCCCCCGGGCGUCCCCCUGCUUCCGUCCGCGGAGCUGAGCAGGAAAGCCUUCAACUCCCAGCUCAGCCCCAGCCUCCAGCUGCAGCUCAGCAGCCUCAGCACGGCGUCCAUGAUCAAGUCCGAGCCGUCCAACAGGCCGUCCUUCAGCAUAGAGAACAUCAUCGGCGUGUCCAGCGCGUCCUCGUCCUCGCCGGGCGCCGCCCAGGCCUUCCUCCGGCCCCCGGUGACCGUCCAGUCGGCCCUCCUGAGCGCGCAGUCGCUCUCCCUGACGCGGACUUCCGCAGCCAUCGCCCCCAUCCUCAGCGUCCCGUCAAAUAUCAUCUCCGGACACGUUUUACCUUCAUCCACAGCGGCAGCAGUGUCCAAGUGGCCUUCACAGUGA